UCGGGAAGAGGAAGGAGGGGUGGAGCUUAAGGCUUCACACGCCGUGAAAGACCGGGGGGCGGGCCUUCGGGGCAAAUGUGCCUUUCCAUUGGCUCUGGGGAGACCUCUCCCCUCACCCACUGGGAGGCUGGUCAUUGGAAAGCUGUGAUGUCGAUCAAACACUGGCCAGGGCGUGAGGCGCGAGCUGCCCUUGGCUUGUCGUGCGCGCUCGGGGUUGAAGGGGGUAGAGACUGAGGUGGUCCUUUCAUGAGCCAUUGGGACGGGCUGUUUCCUCACGGCGCCGUGUACAGCGCCGAGCACCGGGCGGGGUCUGUCUGAUGCCUGCCUCCUAGGUCCAAGCAUCUCGUCGCCUCCAGCAAUGCGGGGGGCAGGCAGCUUUGCAAAGGGAUGGAGCAUGGCGAGGGCCAGGGGGGGCCUGGAAGAGAGGCUGAGGAAACCCUGAAGGGGAAAAUAUAAUGGCCCGUCAGAGAAUGAAAGUCUGAAAGAGCGAGUGCUGUAGAGGGAGUUAAUUACAGCCUUUUUUUUUUUUUUUUUUAAACAAGGGGACAGUUACGGACGUUGUCCUGUGCUGGAGAAAGAAGAAAAGACUCAAUAUAUGGACCGAGAAGUGGGGCGCAAUGAGAGCAGGACAAACAUGGUGACAUUUGUUUGGCCUCUUCACGGCAUUUUGAUUCCAUUUUUAAAAAAAAACUUCUGCUUUCUCACGAGUUUGAAAUCAUGGCUUGUUUUGACCUUGUCUCCCCUAAGACAUCCAGUUCUGCUUUGGAGGCUAUGUCCGUUAUUAACUAAUCUAACCACUAUUUUGUAGUCUGGCAUGUUAAGUAGGUGAGGGGAGAAAGAGGAAAGAGGUGAAGAGCAGAAGGAGAAAUGUGCAAGAGGAACAGAGCAAGGAGACACAGACUAACUUGUAGGCAUUAAUCACCCCAGUGCUCAUAAGGGGAUAGAUAUUCCAUUGACAGUGACAUUUGCUGAUAAAGUAUCAAUCAGAAAAUCUUAACAUGAUUUAAGGAGUAAAUUACUCUACAUUUACACAGUGACUUUCUGUUUGAAGGAUUCCAAAGCAGUUUACAAGCCUGUACUUUGAAGAGUAUAAACUGUAGCCACAUCUCAAAUGUUCAGUCAGUAAACUAGCAUAAAGCCAUGAGGAAGAAAUGAAGUUUUGUCUUGGCAGUUUAAAGCAACCCCAGUAUGGUUUCAGGGCCUAGUAGUAUCCACAACUUUUCAUUUUCCUAUGGUAGGAAUAUUGAGCACCAUGCAGUUAGAGCACUAUGAGAAUGCAAACAAUAUUCUUUCUUGUAUGACCCUAUAAGCCAAGAUCUGGGGGCUGCAGCCUCCUUUCACAGCAGAGAAAGACUGGAGAGAUCUGUAUAAAUGGAACCUGGUCCUGAAACCACUGCUGAGCAUAGCACUUAACACUGCGCGUUGCCCUGGUGUAGCAAGAAGUGUGGCCCGACUCACCUUUCUGCUGCCCUGCAAGCCGCAUAUUGAUUUGUAUCACUGCAAGGACCCAUCUUGCACUCCUUGAAGUACUUUUCAAUUAUGCUAUAAAACAAGGACAAGGAAUCAUCAUGGAAUUAUACCAAGCACUUCAGUGAGGGUCAACAACACCUAUGUUAGUGACUCAUGUACGUGGAUCAUAAAAGAAAGUUUCAGAGGGGCGUGGUGAUGGUGGAAUGAUCAGGAGGAGGGAUGAACAGCUUGGGAGGUUUAUAAAACCAGUGGCUUUGAUCCUGUUUCCAUCCAUCUGACCUUCAUCCCAGUAGCUGCUCCUUUGAAUCAUUUAGCUCUCAAAAGGCAACAUGGCUUUCACAGGCAAAUAUGAAGUGGAAAGUGAAGAGAAUUAUGAUGACUUUAUGAAGCGCAUUGGUCUCCCCAGUGAUGUCAUUGAAAAGGGAAGAAAUUUCAAGAUAGUCACUGAAGUGGUACAGAAUGGAGAAGAAUUCAUUUGGUCUCAACAUUAUCCAGGGGGCCAGUCCAUGACCAACAAAUUCACCAUUGGCAAAGAAGCAGAAAUGGAGACAAUGAGCGGUAAAAAGUUCAAGGCAACAGUUAAAAUGGAAAAUGGCAAAGUGGUGGCAGACUUCCCCAACUAUCACCAUACUGCAGAGAUAGCUGGAGGAAAGCUACUUGAGAUUUCUGUUGCUGCUGGUGUAACCUACAAAAGAAUCAGCAAAAAGAUAGCUUAAUACAGAAGAGCCAGUCUUCCAGUGCACUGAGAAUUGAGCAACAGAAUAAUCAAUAAAGCAUGUUUUAGGAA